CUUCCCUAUGAUUUAUUAUAAAACGCAGAUGAUCACCUCCUUGUCACGCUAUGUUUUGGAUUCAAGAAAGGAGAUCUAACCUUCCAAGAAAGGUGUUAGGACAUUAAAGGUAUUACAGAGCUGAUGCUACCAUCGUAUAAAGCCUGUUGGUUCAGCCUUACACCAUCACGUUUCUCGUUGAGUGAAAAGCCCACAAAGCUUUCUCUUCCAGUCUCAGUCAGAAUAAGACUAUACCAACGGCUUUUUCAUUCUCACAAAACGCAAUCAUGCCCGUCCAUCACCCCCCACCAGACCGGAGGGACUUCACAAUCGCCAUCAUCUGCGCCUUGAGGAUCGAAUCUGACGCAAUCCUGGCGAUGUUUGACGAUAUCUGGGAAUACACUUACCGAAAAGAAGCGAAUGAUCCGAAUACGUACACUGUUGGCAGAAUCGGAAUCCACAAUGUCGUGCUAACACACCUCCCAGGCAUUGGCAAAACAUGCGCAGCGAGUGCAGCGGCCAGUCUGCGGUCUAGUUUUCACGGAAUUCGGCUUGGGCUGCUGGUAGGCGUUUGCGGAGGGGUUCCCAUACAUGUAGAUGACGAGAAGAGUGAGAUUUUACUGGGUGAUUUGAUUAUUAGCACGGGAAUCGUGCAGUAUGACUUUGGUCGACAGUUUCCAAAUAGGAUUGCGAGGAAGGAGUCGAAAAAUGACAGUUUGUCGCGUCCGUCAACCGAAAUUAGAUCUUUUCUGCAGAAGAUUGGAGGGUUGUAUGGGCGCGAUAAACUGCAUGUUGGGACGCGCCUUUAUCUUACAGAACUGCGCAAGAAAAGAGGGUUUGAAAGAUUGGAAUAUCCCGGUGAAAGUGAGGAUAAGCUUUAUGAAUCGGAGUAUCGACAUAAGCAUCAAGAUUCGGGAGUUUGUCCGAUAUGCGCCAGAUGUGAGAGCAUUCAUGACGAUACCUGUGACGAGGCGCUUGUGUUGUCUUGUUCUCAACUCAAGUGCGAUGAAACGAGGCUAGUUGCUCGUGAGCGAUUGAUACGCGGCGACGUACAAGAAAGGACUCAAAUCCAUUUCGGCGACGUUGCGUCGGGAGACUUGGUGAUAAAGUCUGCCUAUCAUCGAGAUAUGAUUUCGCAGAAGGAAAAGGUCAUUGCUUUUGAGAUGGAAGCUGCUGGGGUCUGGGAGCAUUUCCCAACUGUUGUAAUCAAAGGCGUGUGUGACUAUGCAGACAGUCAUAAGAAUAAGAUAUGGCAAGGAUACGCUGCUGCUGUCGCCGCUGCAUGUAUGAAGGCCUUUUUGGGGGAGUGGAUAGCAGGAGAUGAACCGCAGCAGGUGGAGAGAGACCCAGGACAACAUACUAUUUCUAAACCCUUCUCAGGGAUGUUGAGUGAAUUUCAAUUCCCCAGUUGGUAUUCAUUCUUGCCCUUUUUCACUUUGCAGCCAAAUCCCUCGCUACGAUCAUCCCAACUUCAACGAUGGUCAUUACUCAUCCAGUCAUGGUGCCGCCAUCAUCAGAUGUAUGGUCUCUCUGUGAUCGAGGCGCUGGACACUCCUCUCUUUCACAAUUCUACAUUGCGGAGAGGGCUUACCCUCAACGAUGCCCGAGAAAUAAUCGACUGGAUGGUGGAAGGAAAAGAAGGUAAAACAGCGGAAUGGAUCGAUGGAGAGAAUAAAACUAUGGCCUGGAUUUGGUGGAUGGGCACGGCGAGGUUUAAUGGACCAAAGAAGAUAGGACCAUAAUAGGUCCUUGUAUGCACAAAUCUAUCUACAGAUGUAUAUAAUAUAUAGCUAGAGAUUCUACUCAAUAUUUUCGUGUAAACACUGAAAAUAUUCUUGCCAGAGAGUAUCUUCGGAAUAUUGAGUCUGUGAC